GUACCUUCUAGUUUUUCUAAACCAUUCUAUAUCUUCCCUCCUACUACGCAACUCCUUCUCCAUCAUUCUCAUACAGUCACUCCUACUCGUCAUCGGUGAUUUCCAUCUUCUCUGUCUCCGUAACUCACUUCGUCAUUUUCAUGGAUCCAAACCCCAAAGAUUUCCCAAUUCUCGCCUACGUCCUAUCCCAACUCAACCCCACAUCUCAUCCACCACUCCCGCCACAACUCCAAGAAACACUGCUGACCCAGCUGCCGUAUCUCAACCACCCCAGAGUCCUAUCCUCUCUGGCCCAAGCCAUCCCCGACCUCACCCAGAGGCAGUCUCUGCUCCCGAACCUUGGUCAACGCCCCGACCCCUCCGCUGUCGCCGUCGCCCGAGCCAAGCUCGCCGAAAUCCAAGCCAAACUCCAAGAAAACGAAGGAGUCGAUGUGGUUAACACGGAGAUGCAGAUAUAUAAGGCGGUGGUGAGGUUGGGGGAGAUGCAUGAGGAAUAUGAGAAACAGUUGAGAGAAGCAGAGGACAGGUUGGUUGAGAUUUAUGGCUCGAUUGUCGGGGAGUUGGAGGAGGUGAUGAGUGAGGAGGUUGUUGGGAUAUUGAAGGAGGCAGAGAGUGGGGUUGUGGAAAGGGUUGAGCUUUGUGGGCGUCAGCUGAGAUUUCUUCCUGAGGCGUUUGGGAAGCUUCAUGCUCUGGUCGUGCUCAAUCUGUCCCAUAAUCAGCUAGAGGUCCUUCCCGAUUCAAUAGCAGGACUACAGAAACUGGAGGUGUUUGAUGUUUCUUCCAAUCUUUUAGUGUCCCUGCCAGAUUCUAUUGGACUGUUGCUUAACCUCAGGGUCCUCAACGUGUCAGGAAACAAGCUAAACACCCUUCCUGAAACAAUUUCUCGAUGCAGUUCACUGGGGGAGUUAGAUGCGAGCUUCAACAAUUUGAUGUGUUUGCCAACAAAUAUUGGGUAUGGGCUUGUCAAUCUAGAGAGGCUCUCAAUCCACCUGAAUAGAAUCCGUUGGCUUCCAGUAUCAAUCUGUGAAAUGAGAUCGUUGAGAUAUCUAGAUGUUCAUUUCAAUGAGCUGCGUGGGCUGCCACAGGCUGUUGGGCGAUUGACAAAUCUUGAGGUCCUGAACCUUAGCAGUAAUUUUAGCGAUUUGACAGAGCUUCCUGAAACAAUUGGCGAUCUGAUGAACCUCAGGGAGCUUGACUUGAGCAACAACCAAAUCCGAGCUCUUCCCAACACAUUCGGUCAGCUCAAGAAUCUAAGCAAGCUCAACUUGGACCAGAAUCCGCUUGUUAUUCCUCCAAUGGAGAUUGUGAAUAAAGGGGUUGAAGCUGUGAAGGAGUUCAUGGCAAAGAGGUGGGUGGAUAUCAAAGCAGAGGAGCAACAGAGGAGCGUGGUUGAAGCAAACAAGCAACAAGCUCAGCCGAGCUGGCUUGAAUGGGGAACAUCCUUGAUGAAUAAUUUGGUUUCUGGUGUUUCACAAAGUGUGGUAGGAUAUGUGGGGGGUGGAAAAGGUGAGAGAGACCCUUGGUUGGAUCAACAAUUGUGAUUCUACCAUCUCCUUCACCUGCCUCUGACAUUUUUCUGUGUGAAAAAUAUGUGUACCUGUAAAUUA